UAUCUGUCUGGUAAUUAUAUGGUAUAAAAUUUAAUCGAUGUGUAUGAGGGCAGGCCCCACCUCAGAUAUAUUUUCUUUAAAUGGCACAUCAUCAUCCCUCAGCCCAACCCAUUCUGUGGUUCAGUCAUCUAUCUCUCAUUGUCUUUCUGGAUAGGGAGAGAUCAGAGAGAAAGAUUCCCAGGCAUUAAUGGAUACAAGUUCAGGUGAUGACGUGAUAAGUUGGUUCGAAGAAGUGGCUAAGAAUGCUGGGAAAGUGCAGAUGGAAACACUGAAGAUGAUUCUUGAAGUGAAUCAUGGGGUUGAGUAUAUGGAGAAAUGGUUGAAAGAUGUUGAUGUUCAUAACAUGGAUGCAGAAGCAUUGCAGUCUCUUUAUGUAUCAAGAGUUCCACUUGUUUCCCAUGCAGAUUUAGAGCCUUAUAUUCAGAGGAUUGCUGAAGGAGAAACUUCUUUACUUACCAAACAACCCAUCACUACUCUCUCGUUAAGUUCUGGAACAACUGAAGGAAGACAAAAGUAUAUUCCUUUCACUUCCCAUAGCUCCAAGACCACUCUACAAAUCUUUAAGCUGGCUGCAGCUUAUAGAUCGAGGGUUUAUCCAACAAGGGAAGAAGGCAAGAUUCUUGAGUUUAUCUAUGGCAGCAAACAUUUCAAAACAAAAGGUGGGCUAUUAGCAGGAACAGCCACAACACAUUACUUUGCAAGCCAAGAGUUCAAACUCAAGCAACAACAAACCAAGUCAUUCACUUGUAGCCCACAGGAAGUCAUCUUCAGUGGAGACUACAAACAAUCAACCUAUUGUCACUUCCUCCUCGGUCUCUUUCACUCGCCACAAGUUGAAUUCAUCACCUCCACUUUUGCCUAUUGCAUCGUUCAAGCACUUCGCUUGUUUGAAGAUUAUUGGCGAGACCUAUGCGAUGAUCUUUUUAACGGAACUUUGAGUCCUAAAAUCACACUCCCAGGUAUUAGGAGAUCGGUUCUGGACGUGAUCAAACCCGACAAAUGUCUAGCAACGUGGGUAAGCUCGCAAUGCGAGGAAUUGAAGGAGUCGGAUUGGUACGGUUUGAUCCCAAAGUUGUGGCCAAAUGCGAAAUAUGUGUACUCGAUAAUGACAGGUUCAAUGCAACCCUACUUGGAGAAACUAAAGCAUUACGCUGGAGACCGCUUACCGUUGGUGAGUGCGGAGUACGGAGCCACGGAGAGUUGGAUCGGAGUGAACAUGGACCCUUGUUCCCCACCAGAGAAUGUAAGGUUCACGGUGGUUCCAACAUUUUCUUACUUCGAGUUCAUACCAUUGCACCUGCGGUAUCACAAAGCUUGUGUUGGAAGUACUAGUGGUGGUGAUGACUAUCUAGAAGCAGAUCCAGUGCCGUUAUCGAAGGUGAAGAUUGGUCAACAAUACGAGAUUGUCCUUACGACUUUCACAGGUCUUUACAGAUAUAGACUAGGAGAUGUAGUGGAAGUGGCUGGUUUUUACAAAGGAACCCCAAAACUCAACUUUAUAUGCAGGAGAAAACUAAUCCUAACAAUAAAUAUUGAUAAGAACACAGAAAAGGACCUUCAACUCGCGGUCCAGAAGGGUUCACAACCACUUAUCAAGUCUCGAGCCGAGCUAGUAGAUUUCACAAGCCAUGCCAAAACCGAAAAUCAACCCGGUCACUAUGUAGUGUAUUGGGAGAUCAAGGGUGAAGUCAAUGAACACAUUUUAGCUUUGUGUUGCAAGGAAAUAGAUGCAGCAUUUGCAGAUCAUGGUUAUGUUGUCUCAAGGAAAAACAACUCAAUUGGACCUUUGGAACUUUGUAUUGUGGAACCGGGCACCUUCAAGAAGAUCAUGGAACAUUUUAUCGGCAAUGGUGCAACAAUGAGCCAGUUCAAGACUCCGAGAUGCAUAACUAAUCCGGUUUCAUUAAAGAUCUUAAAUCUAUGGACUGUCAAAAGGUUUCAUAGCACUGCUUACAUGUGAUUUUUGCAUAUGACGGCUGUUAAGCAAGGGUAAUUUUAAAGUCAUUAGAGAAAUAAUAUCCCAAAUAAUUUGCUUGAAAUGAUUCAAUUAAGAAGUUGUGAGUUAUGUUCAUUUAGACUAAAAAUGAUUGCACUUUUGUUAUUUUGUUUAAGAACAUUAUGAUUUGCUAAAUUUGGAAAGGUGAUAUUUGAAAAGGUAUUAAGGU